UCGGGAACUUGACAAUCCAACUCCAAGAACCCGCUUCCAAAUUCCAGCACGGUGAUUCCUGACCGAGAGGGAACAAGAAAGACGCCGCGGCGGCUCCUCAUCUUUGCUGCCCAUCUGCGCCGAGCCCCUUUCUCCACCACCUCCUCGCUUCGUCCCGCUCUGCGUCGCCUCCGCCUUCUCCACUAGCGUCCCUCCGACGAACUCCUAUGCGGCGAUCCCUACCUCUCAAUCCUUUCCCACCUCAAAGAUCUCGCCCUUCCCCCACAUGCACGCACCAAAAGCCCUCCUCCUUCUUCGCCCCUUCCGCCGGAGGUCUGGCAACCACGAGAUCUCCUGCGUCUCGAUGGCUCGAUCGACACGGAGAUCCUGCCCUAGAUCGAAGGGGGAAAGUGUGGAUCGCCUGAUCUCCGCCGCCGACUAGGAGGGGCGGGCGACGCUGGUUGCCGGCCGCGCUGAAGGGAGGCUCGCCGGACGAUUCGAUCGGAGGUUCGACUCCGCAGCCUCGAGUUGGGCGGGUUGAUGCGGGUAAUCAGGCCCAGAUGUGGUGCCGGGUCGGUUACGGGUCGAGUUUGGUCAAACCCGACCCAUUAAGAGAUGCAUUGUCGGUUCGGGAAGCUUCGUCCCCAAGAAAUUCGUUUCUAUAACCCCCUCACCGCGAGGCAUGUGGAGGAGAUUAGGUUUCGGCAGGGCUGCGACCACCACCGGUAGAGCGUGUGCUUUGUUCUCUCGCUUUUAUUGCAUAUAAUAAAUAAGACGUACUAUGAUUUCGCUUUAUGCUUUUCUUUUUUCAAUGGGUAUUAAAUUAAUUGAGUCUCGAACAUAAAUUUUCUCGUUUCCUUUUGGUAAUGCAAUCACAUGUUCUUGGGACAGCAUGCUUCUAAAUAAAUGUGUGGCUUCUGGGGGCCCAGCCAUAAAAUUAGGGCCUCGCAAUACUAAGCAUAAUCCUUCUUUGGCAUAUGUCCUGCCUGUUCGUGCUUCUGCAGCAUGUCCAAAAUUCAGAAGUCUAUCCACAUCUUAUCAAGAAAGAAAGCCCUUGUCCUUAAGAGGAGGUCCCAUUCUACACCUUUCUGGGGCUUCAACUUCCUUUCUAAGAGGAGACCAUGGUUCUGUUGCACAAAUGCUGCCAUUGUUGGACCGGCACAGCAAGGUGUGGCCAAGAAGCUCAGUGGUCUGUAAAGCAUCGAAGAGUUUCUUUAGCUAUCCACAAAUGACUAGUAAACCCAAAUGGUGGUGGAGGACCUUGGCUUGUAUUCCAUAUCUCCUGCCGCUCCACUAUGUAUGGUUUUAUGCUGAUACGGUGUACCAACUGCACCACAUCCUUGAAGACUUUGAGUUCCUAACUAACCCCUUCCUUGAUACCAUAGCGCUAUUGCCCAACUGGUUCAUGAUGGUGGUUCUGUAUGUAGCUUAUCUUGGGGUGGUGAAGAGGAAGGAGUGGCCACACUUCUUGCGGUUUCAUGUCACAAUGGCAUUGCUCCUAGACACAGCCCUUCAGGUCAUGGCUAUUGCAUGUGGUUGGAUGCCAAAUGCUGUAUACCGUGGUAUGCUUGGGAUGUAUUUCUGGACUGCAGUUGCAUUUAUACAGAUGUAUACGGUGCUUGAAUGUAUGAGGUGCGCACUCACGGGCAAGUAUGCAGACGUCCCAUUUGUGUCCGAUGCAGCAUAUUUUCAUACAGAUUUGCUUUUGUUUGGAUUAUAGGUUGCUUGUUGAUUAUUUCUUGUCUCAAGAAGGUAAUAGUUGAAGAUAUCCUAUUUAUGUCCUGCAGACAUGUUUCUGUUUGGAUUAUAGUCAUCCUUCUUGUCUCUAGAUGGUGAUAGUGGAAAAGUGUCAUGGAAAGAAUCUAGGGGAAAAAAGAGCUUAUGAUGCGGUGAGAGUUGAGUAUGAGGUCCAAUUAGGGUUGAGUGAGCUUUACAAGGACGAGCCAUAUCAUGCUAAAAAUAUUGAUCGGAACAAUCAUAGAAGUGUAUUCAUUUAUUCAUAUUGAGGGACUUGAUGUUCUUGUUGCGUUGUAGGGCUAAAGAUAUGGAAUGGAUGUAUUUGUUUCAUGUGAUCUUAAAUGGUUUCUGAAUUUUUGGAUUAAUUGCAGUUGCUAGUAGAAAAUAAAAUUGAUUGUAGGCUAA